AGUCAUUCAAAUUGAAUACAGAGUAGUGGCGACAGCACGUGACAGGAGCUGCCUUACAAAGUCCCGCCUCCCGUUCUUUGAUUGGCUCAGCCACGGGCAUGAGUAACCUCUGAUUGGACAGUAGCUUCAACUCUGGGUGUUUCAGGAACAAAGUGUUUUGCAACAUAUGUGGGAGUGUUACAGACGUUAAAGACGUUAAGUUACAUAUUUCAGAUUGUCCGUGUCUCCUGGAAUUGUUUGACCAGUGUCGUUUUAAAGGUCUACUACCUCAGGCGUAGAAAAUGGCUAAAGUUGAUCUUGGUAAAGUUGGAAAGAACGUACUCAAGAGCUCUGACACUGGGGAGGCAGUAGAGCUCCAGUCUCUGUGGGGGGAGCAGCCGGUGGUGUUGUUCUUCCUGCGCAGGUUUGGCUGCCAGGUGUGUCGAUGGAUGGCAUCAGAGAUCAGUAAACUGGAGCCUGAACUGAAGGCUGCCGGCGUCUUAUUGGUGGGAGUCGGACCAGAGGAGUUUGGGGUGCAGGAGUUUAAGGAUGGAGGGUUUUUCAAAGGACCCGUUUAUGUGGAUGAACAAAAGAAGUGUUACAAGGAUCUGGGUUUCAAACGGUACACAGCUUUGAGUGUGGUUCCAGCAGCUCUGGGGAAGAAAGUGCGUGAUAUAUCUUCAAAGGCAAGUGCUGAUGGAAUCCAGGGAAACCUCUCAGGAGAUCUGCUCCAGAGUGGAGGCAUGCUCAUUGUGGCAAAAGGUGGAGAAAAGGUGUUACUGCACUUUAUCCAGGAUUCACCAGGAGACCUUGUACCUCUGGAGAACAUUUCUACGGCUCUGGGAAUCUCAGCUUCAGUAAAAGCAGGACAGAGGCCCGUGUGCAACGAUGACGUUUGCACACGAUGAGGAGGACGCUGCCAGUUCUACCCAACGCACUCCUACCAAACUGAAAUCAGAAAAUUGAGAUUGCUGAUAGUUAAUAAUCCAAAAUAGUUAACUGCCUUUGUUUGAUUUGUGACAUUUUAUUACCUUUUUUUCUAAAUCCUGUCAUACGUUCAACUGAAGUUUCAUCUGAGUAUGUACAGUAGAUAAACUGUAUUAAGUUAAUAAAUAUUUAAUGUUAAAAAUCUGCUUAUAAAAUGACUGCCUUUAAAAAAAGUGUCUUAAAAUAAUUUUACUGUAAAUUGUGUUAUUGGUGAGAAGAUCUUUGCUUAUGAUUAAAAUGUAAGAACCGGUCACACGUGAUUUUCACCACUUUUUAAAAUAAAUUCAUCUGAAAAAUUCAAAUUUUUUUCCAUCGAUAAAUACAAACUGUAAUAAACAUUACAUGUUUAACUGUUGCACUACAAUUGUCAUUUUUGUGCUGUCUAGUGCUCCACUUCAACAGUGGAUCCCUGUUUUUCUCCAUCCAGAUGUUUAAAGAGGAGACUGACUUUCUUUGUCUUUUUAAGGGUACCUAGCAUUACUCUAAGAGAAGCUGA